AAGUAUUAUGGACAUUUUUAUUGUGGCCAUUGUGUCUCAUUUUUCUGGUUUUGGGAUACAUUAAUUGCUGUGGAAGUGACAGAAACCAGAAGAGACAAGCUUAAAGAAACAGAGGAUUUUGUAGUGCUGUCCAGGCGGGAAAAGAUGCAAGAUAGGGGGACAAAGAAAAACAGAGUUCUUUAAGGAAGCCUGCACAGUUUAUGGCACCUUAACAAGACAACAGGAAGACCUGAAAGGAACCAGAAAUUCCACCUGUAAGAGGAAAAAAACGACCUGCCUUCUUAAGCAGUCGCAAAGCUUGCCAGAGAGCGCGAGGUGAACAGCUGUUCCACAGGUGGAGUUUGAAGAAGAAGAAGAAAAUGAAGAACCACAAGCCAGGCUUUUUGUUGCCCUCAGUUGGAGGCAGUUUGUUCUAUACCCAUCACAAAACAGUGACAGAAGUAAGAGCUGGAUACCUGCAUAAGUCUCCUCCUCUAAAAUUGAUCACAACAGAGAAAGCAUGGAAGAGACGUUUCUUUAUCCUGUUCAAGCUCAGUGACACAGAAUAUCAGCUCAGGUACUUCAAAAGCAGUGAGGAAAAGGACAAGCAGGCUGGAGAAAUAGACUUGUCACAGGUCUCACUGUUGCAUGUAAGUCCGCAGCAUCAUCCAAAAUGGAACUGGAUCCAGAAAAGCUUUAAAUGCUCCCCUUCCUGUGUGCUCUACAUCAGGGCUACAGAACGGGACUACUUCCUUGUCGGGGAGAACAGCGACGAUGUGGAUGGCUGGUUCUCUGACCUGUUUGAUGCAAUGAAAAGACGACCACAUAAAAUCUCCUCUUCAGAGGAGUUCCCUUAUAAGCAGGCAACGAUUGAGGUAAUUUCUAAACCACUCAUCAGAAAAAAGAAUUCUUUUGCAGAGGCUGAAAAGGGAUUCCCAAAAAUCCGGUCAAUGUCUGAUCCGUCCUCAAACACUUUGGAGAAUGUCACUGAAAAACCCGAGGAGCAAGAGGAGCCUAAAAGACGUGCAUCUGAGCCUGUGGAACCAAUCUAUGAAGUUCCAAGACCACAAAAAAAUGUGAAUAAAGAAGGACGAAGAAGUGGGAAACGUGUGGAAGCAUUAUAUGAAACAAUGAGUGGCUUUAGAUAUAUUGAAGAAUCAGCUCAGCCAGAGGACCAUGAAGUUGAGGACGUUAACAAAAGCACGCUGAUGAGGACGGUCACUCAGACCUUUGACAAACUGAAGACACAGGUGUCCCCGCUGCCCCCGUUUGCUGAGGAGACAAAUGCUGACGACAACAGUCAACGCUGGUCUACAGAUCUUAGCAGCAGCUCUAGUGACUGCAGUGCCAUGUCCCCUGUAGAACUAUUGGAUCCAUCUGGAAAAAAUGACUCCAAUGAGAGUAUUGACAGAGAGAUUGAUGUGAAAGACACAUAUUUCAGAAGAGAGUGCACACUAACUGAAGUAAAUGGACAAUCAAGCCCUGAUCACAGCACAGAAGAGCGGGAUAUUGUGGUGAACCAGGCAGAACUUAAAAAACACCUGACCCUAACAGAGGUGGAUAGGAAGCCCAGUGUGUCUGGGUGGACGGGACAGCCACAGACCGUGUGCCUGUUCCACAAAGGCGACCAGAUUCUGGCAGUUAAUGACCUGCAUGUCAGCACUGUGGAGGAGUUCACCAUGUUUAUCAGCAAGUCACUCAAGAAUGAGGUGAAAGUGACCCUCCUGCGUCAACCUGGAAACCAGCAGCUGCACCUGCCAAACUUCACCUGCACUGAUUGGCAAAACGCUAAUUAAAAAUAAGAAGUUUCCUUCUUCUACAAGCCAGCAUGUGUUUAAAUGACCUCUGCUGAUAGCUGACAGUAUUUUCCCUUCCCUUGCUUUUUUUUUUUUUUUUUUUUUGGUUUUGUUUUUAAAUCUGUCACCAGUUUACUCAACAAAUGAAGGAUGAAAAUGAUUUUGCACCUUGCAUAAACCACAUUUGUGACCAGAUAGAUGUGAUCUUCUUUUGGACAAGUGCUCAGUGUAUGUUUCAGUGCUUGUUCAGUUAACUGCAGAUAAGAGGCCUAUUGUCAAAAGUUACCAAAGAAACAAACAAAGGCAGACAUUAGGCAGAAAACUGUUUCCUCAUGCCACAUUAACGGUGCCUUUUGUCAUGUUCCCAGGCUGACGUCAGUGUCUGCAAGAUAUUAAAUUGUACAUAACAUGUUGUGAAGAAAUGGUGUAUAUACUGUAUGUAGAUGACAGUUACAGUUUUGGAAGCACCAGCUAACAGAUUUAACCUAAAAAGUUACGGUUGAGUUCUUUUUGAUAAAGUUAUAUAUUUUAUGUAUUUUGAAAAUAUACACGUGUGCAUUUAAAGUAUUAAAAUCCCAUUUUAUUAUAUUUCUGUAGCUUAGGAAAGCCAAAUAUCUAAUGUGAAUGCUAUCACCGAGAAAUGCUGAUCAAUCUCGUUUGCCUUGUAGACCACUGAAGCCUGGUGAUCGAGAGCAGAGAAUCUUUGUAUAUAUGCAGUGAUUACAUGAUUGCACAAAUAAAAUAACUCAAAUAAAAUGCUGGUAUACAUUUAAUUUUUUCUAUUUAGCUUCUUUUUUUUAACUCAAGGAUUCCUUGACAGUAAGUCAAGUAGGAAGUAAGCAAGGAGGAAAUGAACAAUGAAGAGACCAUUAGGUGAUGUCCUCAGCACCUUGGGGAACAUUGAUAUGUAGACAGAACCGUGUUGCACCGCAAGCUAUGUUUCACCUAUUUGUGCUGUUUUGAGACAUGUAUUAGUGACUCAAAUAACUGAGGACACUUGCACACUUUACUUUGUAGGAACUGUACUUUGUACUCGGUUGUCAUCUUUUUUGUAUUGUGCCAAAUAACCAGCGCCGUUCCAGGUGAAGGUCCAGCAUUAAAUGGACUCUAUCUGCAAGGCCUGUUCCCUUGAACUGC